AUGGUAAUUUGCUGGAUGCUUUGGGAGCUGCCAUUAAGUGAUACAGCUAUUCCAAAAGUUCAAGUUUCUGCCAACGCUCCGUCUGAUGAGCAGCCGGAGGUUGAUGUGAGCGAUGAGGAGUUUGUACAAUUUGAUACAUCAGGGGUCCCUGUUAUAGUAACUUUAACCAAGGUCGGGGGGGAUUAUAUUGUAGAUGCAACUACGGAAGAGGAGUCCCAGAUGAGUUCAGCUGUGUCUGUCUCGACCAACAGGCUAGGCCGGAUAUGUGGGCUGACAAAGCGAGGGGGUGCCGGCCUCGAUCCAACUGUUAUGCUCGACACGAUAUCGGCUGCUAAACAUGUAAGUGAGCAGUUGAUAAACAAAUUGGAUUCAGAAAUAGCUGCAGCUGAGGCUUGCGAUGAGAUGGAAUCCUAA